CGCAGAGGAAGGGGGUGGAGGGACAGCUUUCGCGGUCGACGCUUUCCUUGUCUCUGAUUAGCUGCUGCUCUGGGGUUUUGGCGCCAUUGCGCUGCAUUAUGGGAAUUGUGUGCGGAAGUUGGUGGUGAGGCAGGCUGCUGUUCGGUGUUGUUUCGAUGCGGAUGGUGGCGAGCUCGUGUUUUGGUGGUUAGGAUCGGGCUCCUUCUUGGUCUUAGCCGAAACUUUCGCUGUAAUUCAGUACGAAUGCGCGGCGAAGAGUCGUCGGACUCAGAUUGCGGGAGGAUGGAGGAGAGUUCGAUCCGGAGGACUUUGGAGACGUUGUGUCAGGAGCUGAACAUGGACGAGCAGACCGCAGCUGAAGCCAUGGAGAACUUCACUGCCAUAUGGAACACAUACACUCUGGAGGGGGAGGUGGUCCACUGGCUCGCCUGCUCCCUGUACGCAGCAUGCAGGAAGGGAUCCACUCCCACUGUGGGCAAAGGGCUGAUGGAGGGAAACUGCGUCUCUCUCACCAGGAUUCUGCGCUACUCCAAACUCAGUCUCAUCCAGUUCUUCUCUAAGAUGAAGAAGUGGGUGGACAUGUCCAACCUGCCCCAGGACUUCAGGCUGCGCAUGGAGCGUUUGGAGCGGAACUUUGAAGUUUCAACAGUGAUCUUCCGCAAGUUUGAGCCCAUCUUCAUGGACAUGUUUCAGAAUCCACAGGGGGGCGAGCCACCAAGACAACAACGCAGCCGGAAACACAGGCGGCUGCCCUGUCACAUCAGCGAUUUGUUCAAGUUUUGCUGGACUCUGUUUGUCUACACCAAAGGUAACUUCCGUAUGAUCGGUGAUGACCUGGUGAACUCGUACCACCUGCUGCUCUGCUGUCUGGACCUGGUGUUUGGAAACGCUCUGCUGUGUACAAACAGGAAGGAUCUCAUCAACCCAGCGUUUAGAGGGCUUCCUGCUGCGUGUCGAGCUGAUGGUCACAUUUCACCAGACCAGCCUCCUCCGUGUGUGUUGGAGAAGUUGUGUGAGCUGCAUGAUGGACUGGUGGUGGAGGCAAAGGGCAUCAAACAGCACUACUUCAAGCCCUACAUACACAAACUGUUCCAGAAACAGAUCCUGAGAGGCAACGAGGAGCAUUUCACAGAAAUGUUGGACCCUCAGAACUUCAUUGAUAACAAUAAAGCCAUAAACAGAGAGUAUGAGGAGUACGUUUUGACGGUGGGAGAUUUUGAUGAGCGAGUUUUUCUGGGAGCAGACGCUGACGAGGAAAUUGGAACGCCAAGGAAGAUCCUUCAGGAACAGUCUGGUGGUCAAUCAACCGCACACAACCAGCUGCAGCAGCAUGUAGAGAAGUCCGGCUCUCUGGCUCCUUCCACCCCUCUGACGGGACGACUUUACCUGAAGGACAAGGACCUGCUGGUCACACCGGUCUCCUCGGCGACGCAGAGCGUCAGUCGGCUGCAGAGCAUGGUGGCAAGGUUACGAGCGGCGCCCAGCGAGCAGCUGCUUCAGAUCUUCAGAUCGUGCUCCAGAAACCCCACCGAGGCCAUACUGGCUAGAGUAAAGGCACUGGGACAGACCUUCAAAGAGCAUUACACCAGCGACUCUGAGGACACUCCUGGCUCACAUAUAGAUUUUGCAGAGAACCGUCUGAAGAUGGCUGAGGUCCUCUACUACAAGGUUCUGGAGAACGUCAUGGUUCAGGAAACCAAACGGCUGCAGGGCAAAGACAUGAGUGUGUUGCUGGAGCAGGAUAUCUUCCACUGUUCCCUGAUGGCCUGUUGUCUGGAGGUGGUGUUGUUUUCCUACAGCUCUCAGAGGACCUUCCCCUGGAUCAUCAACAUCUUCAAACUGGCCCCUUUCUACUUCUUUAAGGUGAUCGAGGUGUUUAUCCGCUCAGAGGAAGGUCUCUCCAGAGACAUGGUCAAACAUCUGAACCUGACUGAGGAGCAGGUCCUGGAGAGCCGAGCCUGGACUUCAGGCUCUGCCCUGUGGAGCGCCCUGGAGGCCGCUGGGAACAAGGUCCCAACGGUGGAGGAGGUAAAUUUCUCCUCUUGUCUCGAUACCGGUUCAGGUUCCUCCAGUGGUGGUUCAUCUCAUCUGCCCCUUGUCGCCCUCUCGCCCAUCAUCCACCCGCGCAUCAGAGAGUUCAGAUCAGGCCAUGGUAGCGCCCGUAAAGAGGUGCCUCCCUCUCCACUCUCUGUCCACGACCGGUACAGCUCUCCAGCAGCCGGCAGCGCUAAACGGCGUCUCUUUGGAGACGAUCCGCCAGGUCAGACCUCGGGACUGAGCCCAUUGUCCUCUCCAGCCAAGCGGCUGACGUUCACCUCAGGCAGCACCCUGAAGAUUGGAGGCCAGGGUACACCGACCACCGUUCUAAGUGUGCCUCUGCAAGGUGUGACCACCGACCGUACUAUUACGCUGAUCCCGGUUCAGUCGUUUGACCCCUCCGGUACCAUCAGUGCUCAGUUACUGCUGACCACCUCCCCGAGCCGACCUGCUGCCGCCGUCCCCGCACCCUCGACCUCUGACGGCCAGGCAGCAAACGGCCGGCCGAGACGCACUGGAUCGCUCGCUCUGUUCUUCAGAAAGGUGUACCACCUGGCCAGUGUUCGUCUGAGGGACUUGUGUGUGAGACUGGACAUCUCCUCUGAGCUGCGAAGGAAAAUCUGGACGUGUUUUGAGCACUGUCUGGUUCACUGUACAGAUCUGAUGAAGGACAGACACCUGGACCAGCUGCUGCUCUGCAGCGUUUACAUUAUUUCAAAGAUCACCAAAGAGCCCCGCAGCUUCCAGGACAUCAUGAAGUGUUAUCGCAGCCAACCACAGGCCAGCAGCCACGUGUAUCGCAGCGUCUUACUGCAUCACGCUCACAAGGAACCUGUAGCGGAUGAGAACAUGGAGGUGGAUCCUGUUUCAGGCGGUGAAUCUGCAGAGAAAGCCCCUCAGGUGUCUGCAGAGUCGUUGGAGGAGGAACGUGGUGAUCUCAUCCAGUUUUACAACACCCUCUUUGUGCUGAGGAUGAAAAGCUUUGCGCUGCGAUAUGCCACGCAUGAUAACAGGGCUGAUGCUCCUCCUCUCUCCCCGUUCCCGUCGGUACGAGCUCAGCCUCUGUCUCCUCGUCGGAUCUCUCAGAGACAUUCCCUGUACGUGUCCCCUCACAAGAACUCUGCAAGCUGCCUCACGCCAAACUCCUACACCUACAGGAUCAACAGCAGCCCGUCCAAGGAGUUAACCAACAUCAACCGGAUGAUCCGCCAGGGCUGUGUGAGCAGGAAACGGGCCUUUACCAUGGAGGGAGAUGUGAUGAUGUCCUCCGCCUGCGACUCCCCCAGCAAGAGAGUGUGUCCAGAGAACGGCAGCAGCCCAGAUGUGCUUCUGAAGCGUCUGCAGGACGUCGUGUCUGAGCGGCAGAGUCACUGACCUGAAGGUGAAAGGACCUGUUCUGCAAAUAGUAGCCACCGUGAUUCACCACACACACUUUGUGUAGCUUAACUGUGGCUGUGGCUUCCUUCGCCUCAGGUAGAUACAGCAAUGCGGUAUAUAGUAAGCAAAGGUGACUUUAAAAUUCCAGUUGUGUUUCUCGGAAGGACACACCAAGAAGCCAACUUCUGCCGUCCAGCAUUCAGGAAUUCAAACUCCACAUUCAUCAUCAUAAAGUGUAGGACUUGAGUCCGACAGUGUUUGCUCAAACUGACACCGGUACCUCAGUCGUCGGUAACUUAACAUUUGAUUGAAUUAAACCCAGUUCAGAUGACAACUCGCGCUCCAUUAUACAAUAAACUUGUUAUACUGCAGUUUUUGUAGAUGUCUCCACUUUCUGUAGAGACACUUUUGCAGUGGAAAAUUUUUAUUCUUUUACUCGUGUUUACUGAUCUUUGAUUUUACUUUGUUGUUUUGAAUAUGAGCUUGUAUGAUAUUGUAAUAAUGCUAACAAACGCACGUCUGAAGCAGUAUUUCUGUUCUUGUGUAGUAUCUACACUUACGUUAUACUGAAUUUACCGUUUUACCUCUUUGCUCAACAGCACUGCUGUUAGUUAACCUUUGUAGCUGAAAACAAUCUGUUUUUAUCUGGGUUGUUAUAAACAUGCUGGAAUAAGCGUGCAAACUAAAAAUGUAUAUAAAAAUGUUUUUUGCCUCAGAAAAAGUCCAAUACCAGAUGAAAAUGUGUUAACAGAACACAAGUUUGAAUCACGAUGCAAAGGUGUUGUAUAAUAAAACAUUAACAAAUUCA